AUGGAUGGUGACCGUCAUGUUGAUAAGACUAGUCAUGUACUAUACUUAGGGAAAUUGGAAAACAACAAAACGUACAAGAAACAAAUAAUACAUGAAAUAACAGCUGCAAUCUGUGCUUUACUAAAUAGCAAUGGUGGAAACUUGAUGAUACAUAUUGAAACUGAUGGCAACAUCCCAGUAGAAGGUUCUUCCCAGAUGUCUUCGGUGAUUCGAAUACUGGAACAACGUAUGAUAUCUAUCAUUGGAGUACAACAAACCAUCUCGAACAUUAAUAUCGAAGUAGAUAAAGAAAGCAUAGUCAUUUUAGUGAAAAAAGCUGAUUCUUUAAUAACAACUCAUUAUAACCUUUAUUCACCAAGUGCAACACAAGUUGGACACGUAGGUGCUUUGGAAUCACUAAAGGAUAUCAUCAACAAAAAAGUUGUUCCAGAACCAGUCCAAAUUGGAUCACAUUGUCAUAUAUUUCGUAAAGGUGAAGGUUGUGGUCUUCAUGAAAGCCGAACGCGUCAAUUCAAGAGUUUAAAUGCAAGUCUAGCAAGACUAGCAGAUCGUAUGACUGGCAAAGGUAAUAAAUUCAGUUGCUAUGUUUCAGCGUUUGCCAACCAUAGCGGAGGUCACAUUUACUAUGGUAUCAGAGAUGAUGGAGUUGUUGAAGGAGAGUUGAUUCCAAAUGAGAACGACAAGAAUGACAUAAUAAAGAAAAUAGAGAAAGCUAUCAACAAAAUGAUAUGGCCUCAGCAGACUGGUCAACCAAAACGGGGAGAGCACUGGGAAAUAUUCUUUGAGCCAGUGGUAGAUGAAAACUCCAAACUUAUCCCGUCAACCUUUGUGAUCGUGAUCUAUAUCGCUCCUUGUCUGGGUGGUGUGUUCACUGAAGAACCAGAAUGUUAUGAAAUAGUAGGUAUGGAACUACAUAUCUACAAUGAACAUACAGAGUGAUUUCUUACAUGUUUAGGGCAGGGCGUUUACAUUGUACAGGAGGGAACGCUUUCUAGAGGGCUAUUUAUUUUAAUGGAGGUUAUGUUUUAUUUUACAUAGUGCUAAAUCUUGUUUUAACUUUAUUUUGUCUAGAAGAGAAAGAAUAUAGGCGAGCAUAUUCGCAAGCUCUCCAAGAAGGUAAAGCAAAAAAUAAUCGAAUUCCGAUUAUGCUGGUCGGGCAAGACCGAGGCGGAAAGACGUCGCUGAUGAGACGUCUUUUGGGAUUACCAUUCAAGAAAUAUCAACCCAGUACCACUGGCAUUGACGUCAAUGUUAUCGAGCUAUCAGAACAAAACGCAGAAGAUCCCUGGAAAAAAAGUGAAGUGAAGAAGUUUAUGACCAGUGAAAGUGAGGCAAAGACUGUGUUAUACAAAAAAACUGCCGAGUACCUUAAUAGAGGAGUUCGGAUGAUUUCAGACGACACUGAUAGUGACCUUGACAUUGAUAGUGGAGUUCAGGGGUAUUUUAAAGGGGAAGAAAUUUCAGAAAUCAAAUUGCAGGCUAAUAUUUUGACCACUGAACACGACCAGAAAGAAGUUCUUCGGGUAUUUGUAAGUGACUUUGCUGGACAGUCAAUCUAUUACGAUACCCAUGGCUGCUUUGUGAAACCGCAUUGCCCUUAUGUUUUGGUUUACGACCUUUCUCUGGAGUUUGAUAAACCCGCCGUUCCCAGGUUUAAAGCAAGUGAUGAGGAGGAAGAGAUAGAGAUGGACAAUCCUCAUCUUAAUACCAAUUUAGAUAAUUUUACAUCAUGGUUGAAGUUUCUGCAAGGUUUAGGAGAAUGCCAAGAUGAACAGUUUCCUGAUAAAUCUGAACACUAUACCACUGCAAAAGGCGAGAACUUUAAACGGCCACCAGUUUUAAUAGCCUUAACUCACAAUGAUAAGGUGAAAGGCAACGACAGCAAAAUAGAUAGCGUACGAAAUGGAAUAAAGAAGGUCUUGUCUGGAGGAAAAUAUCAGAAUGUCAUGCUAAAGUUUUUCCUGAUUGACAAUACGUUGGAAGGCGACGACGGAGACGACGUGCGAGAGCUUCGUAGAAAGCUUUUUGACCUCUCGAAUGCAGUCCUUAACCAGGAGAUUUUAAUGCCUGUGAAGUGGCUAGAUUUUGAAGUUGCUCUAAGCCAGAAGCUAUCACCAGAUUGCAAGUAUAUCUCAAUUGACGAAGCUAAGCGGAAAGCGGAGGCCUGUGACGUUGGGGAGUUUGAUCAUGCUAUUAAAUUUCUACACCGCCAAGGUGUGGUCGUACACCACAGUGGAUCCAGCAAGGUUGUAUUGGAUCCUCACUGGCUAAUGAUUCGCUUUACGAAAGUGAUCUCCAUGCCUGUCAAAUUGGAUGCAUUGUCCAGGCACGCUCUUGAUGUGUUCAGGCAGAACGGCAUUUUGUUUCGAGAAUAUCUUGAGAAGCUGGAAGACGUAGAACUUUUAGAAGAGCUUAUGCAAAAGUUUAAUUUGAUUUGCCCUUGCCAGCACGAUGGAGAGGCAGCUUUUUAUGUCCCUUCAGUUGCACCAACUAUGAAACAAGGAAAGGAGUUGGAAGCUAGCAAUGUUCCAUCGCUGUUUGUGACAUUUCCUCGCAAACUUGUACCGAUGGGCCUGUUUACGAAGCUUCAAGUGAGGUUAAUUUCUGAGUGGGAAAAGCGCUUCCCCAAUCAACCAGCCACGCCUUUCUUCUACUGCAACUACUCCUCGCUUCUGCUUACUAUAGACGGCGACAUGUAUGAUGUUUGUUUAAUCGACCUCCACGAGUUCAUUAAGAUUGCCGUUUUUCCAAAACGGGAUGGCAACCAUUUCACGUUUGCCAGUCAUCUCCUAGCCACCUUGAAAAAGUGCUUGGACGACCUUAAAUCUCCAGAUCAACUAUUAUUCAGCAUGACCAGCUACGACCUCGGAGUGAAAUGUUCCUGCUGUUUUGGUAAAGAAGAAAGAAAAUGUUCUCGUCAUCAUAAGACCCCGUGUGAUUCAGACCGUUGUGGGCACCGCCACUUCUUGAAGCUUAGUGACCUUCAGAGAUUCUACAACGAUAAAUCCCUUGCAGUUUGCCGGUUCGACAAACGCUGGACCAAGGUGUUUGACAUAAAGAGUGUAGAAAUUUGGCUCAAUGCUGGUAAGUGGCUAAUACUAAAGGCGUUUUUACUUUGCCGGUUUUGAAAUGUUUAGUUGACAUGCAUUUUUGGUAGAAAUGCAUUUUUUAAGUACUGUUUAAAACAUGAGCAGCAGUGUUUUAUCAGAUAUAAAGAUACGACACGAAGCCGAGUAUCUUUUAGCUUUGAUAAAACGCACACUGCGAAUGUUUUAAAUUGCUUCAAAAAUUCAUGGAUCUAGUAAGUUCAUUGGCGAAGUAAUUUUUAAAAACUACGUUGUGUAAGUCGAGGAAGUCAAAGUUAAGUUUAUUUAAAAUACUCCUUAAUAAUUGAUAAACCUAAUUGUGGCAAAUCAUAUCAGCCAUAAAGUGUCACGUGGAGUGACUUUAUAUCUGAUAAAACUCAUCCUAAUUAGUAUGAUUAUAUAAUGGUUCAUCCUAAUUAGUAUUCUUUUGUAGUCGUAUUUUAAGCCAUUUAAAGCACUUGUAGUCGUGUUUUAUCAUAUCUAAAACGCUCGGCUGCGCCUCACGUUUUAAAUAUGUUAAAACACUCCUACACGUGCUUUAAGUAGUACGUAAAUCAAGGGACAUCUCUAUCACAUAUAAAGAUACGACACGCUUAUGAUUUUUCUUUGUGUUUCCUCAUGAAUUAUUACCAUUAAUGGAAUCAUAUUUAACAGUUAGAUAAGUUGUUCACGGAAUAUCAGUGACAAAUGUUUUGAUGUCUUUACUAGUGAAGAUGUCGAUGCAGACAGAACUGGCCAGAAUGAGUGCUGUUUAGUUUUCCGUUUGUUUUAUUAACUGAUAGUGAUACAUGGUUUUAUAUUCUCGCGCAUGGUAAAAGCAAUAUUUUACUCAUUCGCUACGCUUAUUCAUAAAGUAUUUUUCGCACUACUCGAAAUUCCGUAGAAUCCAUAUCUUAAUUCGCACAGCCUUAUAUUCCCUAUGUUUAAAUGUUUUAAGUGCCCGAUGCAGCUAUGGUAGAAGACAGCUCGAACCUUGGAAGGCCAAAUAAAAUCUCAAGUGAAGCUUCAAGCUCAGCCUCAG